CAAUAGGUAACCCGAUUUAAUCGAAAGUGCUAUAUUGUUAAGGAAGUGCACUUGCAAAUACUUAAUCUACUCGACAAUAAAUAAAGAACAGAAUUUAUAUAUUUUAAAGGAAAUUAUGACGUCUUAAUCACGCAGGUAUAUUAGCAACGAUGCGAUCUAAAUAGCAACGCCACAGAGAUACAUAGUAUGAGUAAAACUGUCAAAGAUCGGUCUCUAGAGAUCUAUCAUAAUUUAUGUGAUAUCAUUGGAUCAGAGGAAGUUGUGAAAACAAGGAGAAACAUAUUUUGUGCAUUAGAUAGUGUUUAUCGAAUUCCACGUUUAACAGUUAUAAGUAGUGGAAGUAAAGCAGAAGGUUUAGACCUAGAUGGAAGUGAUUAUGAUCAAAUGGUGGUUGAAAAAUGUUUCUGUGUUUAUGAGGAUUUGAGUAAAUUUUCAUCAAAUAAGAGAAGUAUAAUCAUGGACACCAGUGAUACAAAACCAGGAUUUACGAAGCUCAGGCUGUUUGAUCAACGAUUAAUAUGUGUACCGUAUAUAAACCAGAUUGUGGAGGUUGUAGAAGGCGAAGCGUACAUUUCAAGUAAAUCAUUUCGGGAGUACAAUUUGUCAGAUGACAUGAUAAUCCAUGGACCAUGCAGAUCGUUAUCAAAUGAUACGUAUGAUUGUGCGUGUUGUUUGCAGUGUAGAGAAUGGAUAACGCCUGCUCAUCGAUGGUUUUUCAGAUCCAGAUCGUCAUGGCCAGAUCAUAGGUUAGUUAUGUCUGUAGUAAAGGAAGGCGUUUUAUUUGUGCCUAUUGGCUGCAGAGGAUCAGCUAAUGAAGAUUUGGAAUGGCGAAUAUCAUUUUCAAUGGCAGAGAAGCAACUUAUAUUUUCUUUUUCUCAUGCACAGUUAUUAUGUUACGCAUUGCUGAAAAUAAUUUUAAAAGACAUAAUUAAGAGCAAACACGGGGAUCUUAUUUGUUCCUACUUUCUUAAAACUAUAAUGUUCUGGUUAUGUGAAGAAUCAAGUCCUUCAGAAUUGCAUCCUGGAAAUAUUAUUUCCUGUAUAAUAUGAUCUGUAUUAGACGACUGAUUUACUGCGUGGAAUAUAAAACUUGUCUUCAUUAUUUUAUUCCAGAGAACAACCUUUUCGAAGGCAGAUUUACUGAUAACCAACAUAAUAUUUUACUAAAUACAUUGCAUAAUCUAUACAAUUCAUUCUGGGACAACAUUAAGUGUACGAACACAUUUCAAAGGUUUAGAGAAGAACAAAUAAUGUCAUCUUUCCCUUAUUUGACAGCGUCUUCACUAUCAUGCUUACCAUACACCAGUAGUGUGGUUUCAUUUACGUGUUUUAUAAACAUAAAACAAACCAUCACGUGUUUAAUUGACAAUAACCAUAAUGAAAUUAGUGCAUACAUGUUGGCCCUGAUUUCAAACCAAUGGAUUCAAUCACCAUAUCAUGCAUAUGGAAACAACUUUAAAAGGAGAAACAAAUCUGUGUACAAACAAUACCAGAUACAUUUCAAUUGCCUCAAUACAGGGAUAUAUUCUGACGUCAAUACCGCAUGGUCAUUGCUGGCAUCAUUUUUUUAUAAACAUGAUAGAUUUCAUGAAUGUAUAUAUAUUGUGAACUACUGUUUGUCAAAAUGUACUCCUGAUAAAAUUAUGUUACGUUUAGAAAAUAGAUUAUGCGAACAGACCUAUUUCCAAAGAGUCAAGAAAGCAGUAGGAAUUACGUUAGCAUGCAAACAUUUAAUCAUUGAUAUGGUGUUGUUUAAAAAACCAUAUCACUUAUUUCCAGUAGAAUUGUUCCCUAUAAUUCCACAAGAUGUUAGAAAAGACAUAUUCAGAAUUCCUGCUGUGGUGUAUUUGAAUAUGUUAUCGUUUUUGUGUUUAUAUCAUCUUGGAGAUGAUAGAGGCAAACUAAAUGCUCUCAGGGAUCUAGAACUAACAAUUCGAAAAAAGUUUUUCAUUUUUCCGUGUAACUUGUAUUACCAAAUUGCAAACAAAUGUCUACAAAUU